GUGCCUCUUGGAUAAAAGCUCAAGCAGUGACAGAAGAGAACACACAGUGAACAAAAGGACUUUGAUUUUCAGGAUGCCUGGGAAGUGGAUUUCUGCUCUGCUCCUGCUGCAAAUAAGUUUCUGCUUUAAAUCUGGGAACUGCGGAAAGGUGUUGGUAUGGCCGAUGGAAUAUAGUCACUGGAUGAAUAUAAAGAUAAUACUAGAGGAACUUGUACAGAAGGGCCAUGAAGUCACUGUUCUGAGACCUUCAGCUUCUGUCUUUCUUGAUCCCAAGGAAACUUCUGACCUUAAAUUUGUAACUUUUCCUACAUCUUUCAGUAGUCAUGACCUGGAAAAUUUUUUUACAAGGUUUGUGAAUGUAUGGACUUAUGAGUUGCCAAGAGACACAUGUUUGUCAUAUUUUCUUUAUCUACAAGAUACGAUUGAUGAAUAUUCUGACUACUGUCUGACUGUUUGUAAAGAAGCAGUUUCAAACAAACAGUUCAUGACAAAACUACAGGAAUCCAAAUUUGAUGUCGUUUUCUCAGAUGCCAUUGGUCCCUGUGGAGAGCUGAUAGCUGAACUGCUCCAGAUUCCUUUUCUGUACAGUCUUCGCUUCUCUCCUGGCUACACAAUUGAAAAGUACAUUGGAGGAGUUCUAUUCCCUCCCUCUUAUGUACCUAUGAUUUUUUCAGGAUUAGCUGGCCAAAUGACAUUCAUAGAGAGGGUACACAAUAUGAUAUGUAUGCUUUAUUUUGACUUUUGGUUCCAAACAUUUAGAGAGAAGAAAUGGGAUCCAUUUUACAGCAAAACUUUAGGAAGGCCCACCACAUUAGCUGAGAUAAUGGGCAAAGCAGAAAUGUGGCUCAUUAGAUCCUACUGGGAUUUGGAGUUUCCCCACCCAAUAUCGCCAAAUGUUGACUACAUUGGAGGACUCCACUGCAAACCUGCUAAACCCUUGCCCAAGGAUAUUGAAGACUUCGUCCAGAGCUCUGGAGAGCAUGGUGUGGUGGUGUUUUCUCUGGGGUCAAUGGUCAGGAACAUGACAGAAGAAAAGGCCAACAUCAUUGCAUGGGCCCUUGCCCAGAUUCCACAAAAGCUGAAGAGUUGCUGUCUUCACGAUGACUACACUCAUUUUUCACCUUUACCUUCCUGGCUGAGAGCUGAAGGAGCUUGAGAGGAAUCCAUGAUCUUUUGGUGGAAACAUCUGCAAUGCCAGAUGCAUAUCCUUUUCCAAAUUUCUUCAGCCAAAUGGGCUUCCAAGUCUCAAGAUGUUUAAACAUCUCAGUCCUGUCUAAGGCAAUGCAGUAUGUUGUGUGGAUAAAUGGUUUUGAGUUGCUGAACAUAUCUCACCUUCAGAUAAAUUUCAAAAUAAGUAUAAAUAAGGAAAGUGGAAGGAUAUACCUUCAUUUCUCCCUGUUUUUAUUUUUUUUAUUUUUUAAUCCGUAUUAACUUGAGUAUUUCUUAUUUACAUUUCGAUUGUUAUUCCCCUUCCUGGUUUUCAGGCCAACAUCUCCCUAACCCCCACCCUCCCCUUCUAUAUGGGCUUCCCCUCCCCAUUCUCCCUCCAUUGACACCCACACACCAACAAUCAUUUUCACUGGGGGUUCAGUCUAGGCAGGACCAAGGGCUUCCCCUUCCACUGGUGCUCUAACUAAGCUAUUUAUUGCUACCUAUGAGGUUGGAGUCCAGGGUCAGUCCAUGUAUAGUCUUUGGGUAGUGGUUUAGUCCCUGGAAGCUCUGGUUGCUUGGCAUUAUGUUCAUAUGGGGUCUCGAGCCCCUUGAAGCUCUUCCAGUCCUUUCUCUGAUUCCUUCAACAGGGGUCCCGUUCUCAGUUCAGUGGUUUGCUGCUGGCAUUUGCCUAUGUAUUUGCUGUAUUCUGGCUGUGUCUCUCAGGAGCGAUCUACAGCCAGUUCCUGUCAGCCAGCACUUCUUUGCUUCAUCCGUCUUAUCUAGUUGGCUGGCUGUAUUUGUAUGGGCCACAUGUGGGGCAGACUCUGAAUGGGUGAUCCUUCUGCCUCUGUUCUAAACUUUGCCCCCCUAUUCCCUGCCAAGGGUAUUCUUGAUCCACUUUUAAAGAAGGAGUGAAGCAUUCACAUUUUGGUCAUCCUUCUUGAGUUUCAUAUGUUCUGUGCAUCUAGAGUGAUUCAAGCACUUAGUCUAAUAUCCACUUAUCAAUGAGGGCAUACCAUGUGUGUUUUUCUGUGAUUGGGUUACCUCACUCAGGAUGAUAUUUUCCAGCUCCAUCCACUUGCCUAUGAAUUUCAUAAAGUCAUUGUUUUUGAUAGCUGAGUAAUAUUCCAUUGUGUAGAUGUACCAUAUUUUCUGUAUCCAUUCCUCUGUUGAAGGGCAUCUGGGUUGUUUCCAGCUUCUGGCUAUUAUAAAUAAGGCUGCUAUGAACAUAGUGGAGCACAUGUCUUUGUUAUAUGUAGGGGCAUCUUUUGGGUAUAUGCCCAAGAGAAGUAGGUAUAGCUGGGUCCUCAGGUAGUGCAAUAUCCAAUUUUCUGAGGAACCUCUAGACUGAUUUCCAGAAUGGUUGUACUAGUCUGCAAUCCCACCAACAAUGGAAGAGUGUUCCUCUUUCUCCACAUCCUUGGCAGCAUUUGCUGUCACCUGAGUUUUUGAUCUUAGCCAUUCUCACUGGUGUGAGGUGAAAUCUCAGGGUUGUUUUGAUUUGUAUUUCACUUAUGACUAAAGAUGUGAACAUUUCUUUAAGUGUUUCUCAGCCAUUCAGCAUUCCUCAGCUGUGAAUUAUUUGUUUAGCUCUGAACACCAUUUUUUAAUAGGGUUAUUUGUCUCCCUGCUGUCCAACUUCUUGAGUUCUUGUAUAUUUUGGAUAUAAGCUCUAUAUCUGUUGUAGGACUGGUAAAGAUCAUUUCCCAAUCUGUUGGUUGUCAUUUUGUCCUAAUGACAGUGUCCUUUGCCUUACAGAAGCUUUGCAGUUUUAUGGGAUCCCACUUGUCGAUUCUUGAUCUUAGAGCAUAAACCAUUGGUGUUUUGUUCAGGAAAUUAUCUCCAGUGCCCAUGUGUUCCAGAUGCUUCCCUAGUUUUUCUUCUAUUAGUUUGAGUGUAUCUGGUUUGAUGUGGGGGACUUAAGCUUUGUACAGGGUGAUAAGCAUGUAUCGAUCUGCAUUCUUCUACAUGUUGACCUCCAGUUGAACCAGCACCAUUUGCUGAAAAUGCUAUCUUUUUUUCCAUUGGAUGGUUUUGUCUCCUUUGUCAAAAAUCAAGUGACGAUAGGUGUGUGGGUCCAUUUCUGGAUCUUCCAUUCUAUUCCAUUGGGCUAUCUGUCUGUCUCUGUACCAAUACCAUGCAGUUGUUAUCACUAUUGCUCUGUAAUACUGCUUGAGUUCAGGGAUAGUGAUUCCCCCAGAAGUCCUUUCAUUGUUGAGGAUAGGUUUAGCUAUCUUGGGUUUUUUGUUAUUCCAGAUGAAUUUGCAAAUUGUUCUGUCUAACUCUUUGAAGAAUUGGAUUGAUAUUUUGAUGGGGAUUGCAUUGAAUCUGCAGAUCGCUUUUGGUAAAAUGGCCAUUUUUAUUAAUAUUAAUUAAUUAAUCCUGCCAAUCCAUGAGCAUGGGAGAUCUUUCAUUUUCUGAGGUCUUCUUCAAUUUCUUUCUUCAGAGGCUUGAAGUUCUUAUCAUACAGAUCUUUUACUUGCUUGGUUAAAAUAACACCAAGGUACUUUAUAUUAUUUUGGACUAUUAUGAAGGGUGUCGUUUUCCUAAUUUCUUUCUCGGCUUGUUUCUCUUUUGUGUAGAAGAAGGCUACUGAUUUACUUGAGUUAAUUUUAUACUCAGCCACUUUGCUGAAGGUGUUUAUCAGCUUUAGUAGUUCUCUGGCGGAAUUUUGGGAUCACUUAAAUAUACUAUCAUAUCAUCUGCAAAUAGUGAUAUUUUGACUUCUUCUUUUCCAAUCUGUAUCCCCUUAAUCUCCUUUUGUUUUCUGAUUGCUGUAGCUAGAAAUUCAAGAAAUAUAUUGAAUAAGUAGGGAGAGAGUGGGCAGCCUUGUCUAGUCCCUGAUUUUAGUAGGAUUGCUUCAAGUUUCUCUCCAUUUAGUUUAAUGUUAGCAACUGGUUUGCUGUAUAUGGCUUUUACUAUGUUUAGGUAUGGGCCUUGAAUUCCUAUUCUUUCCAGGACUUUUAUCAUGAAGGGGUGUUGAAUUUUGUCAAAUGCUCUCUCAGCAUCUAAUGAAAUGAUCAUGUGGUUUUGUUCUUUCAGUUUGUUUAUAUAAUGGAACACGUUGACGGUUUUCCGUAUAUUAAACCAUCCCUGCAUGCCUGGAAUGAAGCCUACUUGAUCAUGGUGUAUGAUUGUUUUGAUGUGCUCUUGUAUUCUGUUUGCAAGAAUUUUAUUGAGUAUUUUUGCGUUGAUAUUCAUAACGGAAAUUAGUCUGAAGUUCUCUUUCUUUGUUGGGUCUUUGUGUGGUUUAGAUAUAAGAGUAAUUGUACCUUCAUAAAACGAAUUCAGUAAUGCUCCAUCUGUUUCAAUUUUGUGGAGUAGUUUGGAUAGUAUUGGUGUGAGUUCUUCUAUGAAGGUCUGAUAGAAUUCUGCACUGAACCCAUCUGGACCUGGACUUUUUUGGUUGGGAGACCUUAAAUGACUUCUUCUAUUUCGUUAGGAGUUAUGGGGUUGUUUAAUGGUUUAUCUGUUCCUGAUUUAACUUCGGUACCUGGUAUCUGUCUAGGAAAUUGUCCAUUUCCUGCAGAUUUUCAAGUUUUGAUGAAUAUAGGCUAUUGUAGUAGGAUCUGAUGAUGUUUUGAAUUUCCUCUGAAUCUGUAGUUAUGUCUACCUUUUUAUUUCUGAUUUUGUUAAUUUGGACACACUCUCUUUGUCCUCUCCUUAGUCUGGCUAAGGGUUUAUCUAUCUUGUUGAUUUUCUCAAAGAACCCACUUUUGGUUCUGUUGAUUCUUUCUAUGGUCCUUUUUGUUUCUACUUGGUUGAUUUUAACACUUAGUUUGAUUACAUUCUGCCUUCUACUCCUCCUGGGUGUAUUUGCUUCUUUUUGUUCUAGAGCUUUUAUGUGUGCUGUCAAGCUGUUGGUAUAUGCUCUCUCCUGUUUCUUUCUACAGGCACUCAGAGGUAUGAGUUUUCCUCUUAGCACACUUUCAUUGUGUCCCAUAAUUUUGAGUAUGUUGUAUCUUCAUUUUCAUUAAAUUCUAAGAAGUCUUUAAUUUCUGUCUUUAUUUCUUCCUUGACCAGGUUAUCAUUGAGUAGAGCAUUGUUUAACUUCCAUGUAUAUGUGCGCAUUCUUCUCUUAUUGUUUUUGAACUCCAGCUUUAGCCCGUGGUGGUCUGAUAGGAUGCAUGGGAUUAUUUCUAUCUUUCUGUAUCUGUUGAGGCCUCUUUUGUGACCGAUUAUAUGGUCAAUUUUGGAGAAAGUACCAUGAGGAGCUGAGAAGAAGUUAUAUCAUUUUGUGUUAGGAUAGAAUGUUCUAUAAAUAUCUGUUAAGUCCAUUUGGUUCAUGACUUCUCUUAGUCUGUUUAUGUCUCUGUUUAAUUUCUUUUUCCAUGUUCUGUCCAUUGAUGAGAGUGGGGUGUUGAAAUCUCCUACUACUAUUGUAUGAGGUGCAAUGUGUGCGUUGAGCUUUAGUAAGGUUUCUUUUAUGUAUGUAGGUGCCCUUGUAUUUGGAGCAUAGAUAUUUAGGAUUGAGAGUUCAUCUUGGUGAAUUUUUCUUUUGAUGAAUAUGAAGUUUCCUUCCUUAUCUUUUUUGUUGACUUUUAGUUGAAAAUCAAUUUUACUCUCUUUUUACUUUUUAAUAGAUGUUAUUUUAGUGUCCUGUUUGCUCUUUCAAUUAUGCCUUGACCUUGACGAUUAUGAAGAUUUUUUACCAUAUGAUUAAUUUUCCAUUAUUUGCAAAAGAUUUUAGUUUUUCUACUACAGAUUUCUUCAUGUCACUUUUUAUUGUAGCAGACACUCCCACACCAGCAAAAGUUUGCAGCAUUCUCUGAGGAUAAAGAUAUAACCCAGAUGAAUUUAGAGCAUGAAUCAAUGCACACAUGCAUGUACAGAAACCAGAGGAGAAGCAUUCCGUCUACUUUCCAUAAUUCACUAAUAUUUUACCUCUUGGAUGGACUCUAGCUUCAGGACUAUGACAGUAUAAUGGAGAACAAGUAGAACAUUCUUGUACAAUUUGUCUCACUUGUCUAAGUGGGAUGUAAUAUUGUACAUGAACUCCAAUAGCAUUAAUGUGUUUGCAUACUGGAGAGGUAAAAAUAGUCAGUUAGUGCAUCAGAUUGCUUAUUUUGUUCUGCAAUAGAACCAGGGAUGUUAGAGUCUGCAGAAGUAGGAGUAAUAAACACAGGAUGAGUGCAAGUUUGAAUCAGUUGUUGUAGAUCCUGAAGUAAUAUGAGCAUGGUAGCAUGUGAAGAUAAGUUUAAAAGUUUUCAAUCCUACUACAAGAAUCUGACUUUAAAUUUGAAAACCCAUAGAGUUCUGCAACUCUUUAAAAAGCAUUGUUAGGUGUACAAUAAUACAGCAAAGUAUACAACCAUAUAAUUGCUGAUGUUGGAUUCUCUGCUGAUUUACUAAUUGAGGAGGAAGAGAAAGACAUACAGCUAACAUUUUAUAGCCCUUAUGGUAUAAAUAGAUCUAUUCCAAUUAUUUAUUCUGUUGUGCUAAAAUACCAAUAGGAGACAGUUUUGUGAGGGAAAAUAAUUAAGUUUAGAGGGUGCAAAGAAGACAUGUGACACAGAAAUGUCUCUUUUACUUUGAAUUCAAAUAGCUGUAAUGCUUCAUUAGUCUCUGUAGAUAAAAUCAAUGAUUAUCCAAUGCUACCUCUCCUUUCAGAGUUUUAAACAAUUGGCUAAUGAUUAAUUGGGUAUUAUUAACCCUAGUGUUUUGGGAGAAUGGCAAGAUUGCUCAGUGGUUAAGAGCACUGGCUGCUCUUCCACAGGAUCCAAUUUAAAUUUCCAGCACCUAUGUGUACAACUGUCUGUAUCUCCAGUUCUUAAAGAUCUGGGUCGCCACCCAACACAGACAUAGAGGUAGAACACCAAUGCACAUAAAAUUAAAGGAAUCACUUUUUUAAAGUAGCAUGUAAUGAAUUAUUGCUCCCUAAUAAAUUUUGAAAGUUUUCUUAAAUAUUCUGUCUAAUUGACAUUUUCAUGGAUUAUUAGCAGGUGUUCUCUUUAACAGGCAUCUGGGACAUUAUAUGAUGUCUGAUCUUUGUACUUUUUCAGGUGAAAUAUGUAGCACAUCCUGAAUCAUGCCAUAUACACAUUGUAGCUCUUUCUGUUUGGAGGUGACUAACAGAAUAUCACCUAUAAUACAUAGUAUACCUGCCUCACAGGCUCUAAAACCUUUCCAGCAUGGAAUUGACACGUAAUAGUGAAUUUUUGCCAUGCCUUGAGAUUCAUUGAUAGUGAAGCUUGAGUUCUUUAGGACUGAGUGAAGAAACAGAAAAUGUUAUAUAUACCUUAUUAUCAAGAUGAAUAGGUAUAGUGUAAAAGCAGCUUUUCAAAUCCAUCACAAUUGAAAGCCAAUCUUUAGCAAUAGCUGUCAGUGUGGAUAAUCCAGGCUGUAAAAGUACUAUUGGCCACAUAGUGGCAUUAAGAUUUCUUAAGACAAUCAACUGUCUCCAUUUACCAUAUCAUUUUUUAACUACACAAACAAGAGAAUUCCAUAGAGAAAAAGGCAAAUCUCUUUUCCCAUUCUCCAAAGGUUAUCUGACUACUGGGGAGUAGCCUAUAGCUUUCUUUUAGAAAUGUGUCUUUGAGAUGUUCAGACAAACUAACGAAAAUUUAAUGUAAUAUUUAUCCACCAUGAAAAUGCCAGUUCAUGCUUAUGAUAUUGUUCAGAUGGGGACAUAGGUUCCAUAAUCCCUUGUAACCCUUAGCUUGCUCCAUUUCCUUUUUGAUAUCACAAUCUUUUCAUUAGGAAUUGCAAUUUUGAAGAAUAGAUAGCAUUAGAGGUAGGAAUAUUUCUGCAUAAGAUGGUUGUAAACCAUCACCAAAAAUUAAUCAGAAUAUGAGUAACAGAAGGCUAAGGUAUUUGUAUUAUGCCUUCUUGAUUUAUACACUGUAAUUUUUAAAAAUCUUUUUAGAGCUCAUUACUUCCCAACUCUAUCAGGGUUGAAAUAAGGCCAUUCAGAUGGCUUCUUUUCAGUGGCUAUAAUAGAAAUAUCAGUUCCAGAAUCAAUCAAUUCUACAAAUGUUUUUAUUUUGUUUUCUUUUUAAAGCCAAUAAUGGUGUAUCAUUUUCCUUUAAUACAGUGCUCAAAAGUUAUAGUUUUAUUUGUACUACUAAAUCCCCCUGCAUGGAACACUGUCUAUUCCAAUUCAUAGGUACUGUGAUCAUGACAGCUAGUUCUCCUGUGUAACUUUAAUUAAUGACUCUAUAUGAUCUGUAAUUCCUUUCAUGGGUAAGCUACUGUGACACAAAUGGUCCAACAGUUCUUAGCAGAUUGGGUCCACCAAAACCUGUGUAUCACUUAAAAUGAUAUUGAAGAGGGGAAUAGCAGUACUUUAGGAUGUGGAAUAUCAAUAGCCAUACCUCGAAUAGUAACUUGUAGCACAAAAAUAGAAUGAUUACAAUCUGAACCUGACAUAGAUGCUAUUAUUUUUAUAUUUACGCACUUAUACUGCAGGUUCUAAGGUACCUUCACCGUGUUUCUCUAUUGUUGACUUGUACUGCUAUUGUUGCCACAUAGUCACAUUUAGAUCAGCAUCCCUUAGUCCACUGUUUUACUUUCUUGCACAUAGGGCUUAAGGCAGGAGCUCAUUGACUCUGAGCAUUCAAUUGUUCUAAGGAAAUUUACAAUGAGUGUUUUUUUUUUUAUUAACUUGAGUAUUUCUUAUAUACAUUUCGAGUGUUAUUCCCUUUCCCGGUUUCCGGGCUAACAUCCUCCUAAUCCUCCCCCUCCCCUUCCUUAUGGGUGUUCCCCUCCCCAUCCUCCCCCCAUUGCCGCCUUCCCCCCAACAAUUUAGCUCACUGGGGGUUCAGUCUUAGGAGGACUCAGGGCUUCCCCUUCCACUGGUGCUCUUACUAGGAUAUUCAUUGCUACCUAUGAGGUCAGAGUCCAUGUAUAGUCUUCAGGUAGUGGCUUAGUCCCCGGAAGCUCUGGUUGGUUGGCAUUGUUGUUCAUAAGGGGUCUCGAGCUCCUUCAAGCUCUUCCAGUUCUUUCUCUGUUUCCUUCAACGGGGGUCCCGUUCUCAGUUCAGUGGUUUGCUGCUGGCUUUCGCCUCUUUAUUUGCUGUAUUCUGGCUGUGUCUCUCAGGAGUGAUCUACAUCCGACUCCUGUCAUCCUGCACUUCUUUGCUUCAUCCAUCUUGUCUAAUUGGAUAGCUGUAUAUGUAUGGGCCACAUGUCGGGCAGGCUCUGAAUGGGUGUUCCUUCUGUGUCUGUUUUAAUCUUUGCCUCUCUAUUCCCUGCCAAGGGUAUUCUUGUUCCCCUUUUAAAGAAGGAGUGAAGCAUUCACAUUUUGAUCAUCCGUCUUGAGUUUCAUUUAUUCUAGGCAUCUAGGGUAAUUCAAGCAUUUGGGCUAAUAGCCACUUAUCAAUGAGUGCAUACCAUGUGUGUUUUUCUGUGAUUGGGUUAGCUCACUCAGGAUGAUAUUUUCCAGUUCCAACCAUUUGCCUAUGAAUUUCAUAAAGUCAUUGUUUUUGAUAACUGAGUAAUAUUCUAUUGUGUAGAUGUACCACAUUUUCUGAAUCCAUUCCUCUGUUGAAGGGCAUCUGGGUUCUUUCCAGCUUCUGGCUAUUAUAAAUAAGGUUGCGAUGAACAUAGUGGAACACAUGUCUUUUUUAUAUGUUGGGGCAUCUUUUGGGUAUAGGCCCAAGAGAGGUAUAGCUGGAUCCUCAGGCAGUUCAAUGUCCAAUUUUCUGAGGAACCUCCAGACUGAUUUCCAGAAUGGUUGUACCAGUCUGCAAUCCCACCAACAAUGGAGGAGUGUUACUCUUUCUCCGCAUUCUUGCCAGCAUCUGCUGUCACCUGAGUUUUUGAUCUUAGCCAUUCUCACUGGUGUGAGGUGAAAUCUCAGGGUUGUUUUGAUUUGUAUUUCCCUUAUGACUAAAGAUGUUGAACAUUUCUUUAGGUGUUUCUCAGCCAUUUGGCAUUCAUCAGCUCUGAAUUUUUUGUUUAGCUCUGAACCCCAUUUUUAAUAGGGUUAUUUGUCUCCCUGUGGUCUAACUUCUUGUGUUCUUUGUAUAUUUUGGAUACAAGGCCUCUAUCUGUUGUAGGAUUGGUAAAGAUCUUUUCCCAAUCAGUUGGAUGCCGUUUUGUCCUAACCACAGUGUCCUUUGCCUUGCAGAAGCUUUGCAGUUUUAUGAGAUCCCAUUUGUCGAUUCUUGAUCUUAGAGCAUAAGCCAUUGGUGUGUUGUUCAGGAAAUUUUUUCCAGUGCCCAUGUGUUCCAGAUGCUUCCCUAGUUUUUCUUCUAUUAGUUUGAGUGUAUUUGGUUUGAUGUGGAGGUCCUUGAUCCACUUGGACUUAAGCUUUGGACAGGGUGAUAAGCAUGGAUCAAUCUGCAUUCUUCUACAUAUUGACCUCCAGUUGAACCAGCACCAUUUGCUGAAAAUGCUAUCUUUUUUCCAUUUGAUGGUUUUGGCUCCUUUGUCAAAAAUCAAGUGCCCAUAAGAGUGUGGGUCUUAAAUUUCUGGGUCUUCAAUUCUGUUCCAUUGGUCUAUCUGUCUGUCUCUGUACCAAUACCAGGCAGUAUUUAUCACUAUUGCUCUGUAAUACUGCUUGAGUUCAGGGAUAGUGAUUCCCCCUGAAGUCCUUUUAUUGUUGAGAAUAGUUUCAGCUAUCCUGGGUUUUUUGUUAUUCCAGAUGAAUUUGCAAAUUGUUCUGUCUAACUCUUUGAAGAAUUGGAUUGGUAUUUUGAUGGGGAUUGCAUUGAAUCUGUAGAUCGCUUUUGGUAAAAUGGCCAUUUUUACUAUAUUAUUCCUGCCAAUCCAUGAGCAUGGGAGAUCUUUCCAUCUUCUGAGGUCUUCUUCAAUUUCUUUCCUCAGUGUCUUGAAGUUCUUAUUGUACAGAUCUUUUACUUGCUUGGUUAAAGUCACACCGAGGUACUUUAUAUUAUCUGGGUCUAUUAUGAAGGGUGUCGUUUCCCUAAUUUCUUUCUCGGCUUGUUUCUCUUUUGUGUAGAGGAAUGCUACUGAUUUAUUUGAGUUAAUUUUAUACCCAGCCACGUUGCUGAAGUUGUUUAUCAAGUUUAGUAGUUCCCUGGUGGAACUUUUGGGAUCACUUAAAUUUACUAUCAUAUCAUCUGCAAAUAGUGAUAUUUUGACUUCCUCUUUUCCGAUCUGUAUCCCCUUGACCUCCUUUUGUUGUCUGAUUGCUCUGGCUAGAACUUCAAGAACCAUAUUAAAUAAGUAGGGAGAGAGUGGGCAGCCUUGUCUAGUCCCUGAUUUUAGUAGGAUUGCUUCAAAUUUCUCUCCAUUUAGUUUAAUGUUAGCAACUGGUUUGCUGUAUAUGGCUUUUACUAUGUUUAGGUAUGAGCCUUGAAUUCAUAUUCUUUCCAGGACUUUUAUCAUGAAGGGGUGUUGGAUUUUGUCAAAUGCAUUCUCAGCAUCUAAUGAAAUGAUCAUGUGGUUUUGUUCUUUCAGUUUGUUUAUAUAAUGGAUCACAUUGAUGGUUUUCCGUAUAUUAAACCAUCCCUGCAUGCCUGGAAUGAAGCCUACUUGAUCUUGGUGGAUGAUUGUUUUGAUGUGCUCUUGGAUUCUGUUUGCCAGAAUUUUAUUGAGUAUUUUUGCGUCGAUAUUCAUAAGGGAAAUUAGUCUGAAGUUCUCUUUCUUUGUUGGGUCUUUGUGUGGUUUAGGUAUAAGAGUAAUUGUGGCUUCAUAGAAGGAAUUCGGUAGUGCUCCAUCUGUUUCAAUUUUGUAGAAUAGUUUGGAUAAUAUUGGUAUGAGGUCUUUUAUGAAGGUCUGAUAGAAUUCUGCACUAAACCCAUCUGGACCUGGGCUCUUUUUGGUUGCGAGACCUUUAAUGACUGCUUCUAUUUCGCUAGGAGUUAUGGGAUUGUUUAACUGGUUUAUCUGUUCCUGAUUUAACUUUGGUACCUGGUAUCUGUCUAGGAAAUUAUCCAUUUCCUGCAGAUUUUCAAGUUUUGUUGAAUAUAGGCUUUUAUAGUAAGAUCUGAUGAUUUUUUGAAUUUCCUCUGAAUCGGUAAUUAUGUCUCCCUUUUCAUUUCUGAUUUUGUUAAUUUUGACACACUCUCUGUGUCCUCUCGUUAGUCUGGUUAAGGGUUUAUCUAUCUUGUUGAUUUUCUCAAAUAACCCACUUUUAGUUC